AGUCGCGCUUCAAGCAUCUCCACUCUCAGAUUCUGCGGUUUUCAUCUUCUCGAAAAUAUGUUUAUACCGUCACAAGUGUGGCUAGUUGGCUUAUUGGCCUUCAGUUUGGUCGGUGCAGAAUAUUACGACACGAAAACAGCGGACAAGGACUUCCUGUUAAAACAGAAGAAGGUAUACAAUCUGCUUUAUCGCAUCGCUCAACCAGCUUUGGCGAACAUUACAUGGUACAACGAGGGUCAAGCAUGGAACAUAGAAGCCAACAUCGAUUCCUAUACCAAUUCGGCUGUGGUGAAGGAAUUCCUUUCGAUAUACAAGCAUGGGAUGCUUCCACGUGGAGAAUUAUUCUCUCUCUAUUAUCCGCAGCUUCUUAGGGAAAUGAUAGCCUUGUUCAAAUUAUUUUACCAUGCGAGAGAUUUCGAAAUUUUCUUCAAGACGGCUCUCUGGGCGAAAAACAACAUAAACGAAGCGCAAUACAUAUACGCUUUGUACACCGCCGUGAUCAGAAGGCCGGAUACCAAAUUCAUUCAACUGCCACCACUCUACGAGAUAUGCCCCUAUUUCUUCUUCAAUUCAGAAGUAUUGCGGAAAGCCAACCACGCUCUGAUUUUUGGCAAAUUAGACACAAAAACAACUGGAAAGUACAAAGAAUACACAAUUUCAGCAAAUUAUUCGGGCUGGUAUUUGAAUCACGAUUACAACUUGGAGAAUAAAUUAAAUUACUUUAUCGAAGAUAUCGGGUUGAACACUUACUACUUUUUCUUGCGUCAAGCAUUCCCAUUCUGGUUACCAUCGAAGGAAUACGAUUUGCCGGAUUAUCGUGGUGAAGAAUAUUUAUACAGCCACAAACUAUUGUUGAACAGAUAUUUCUUAGAAAGGCUUUCCAAUGAUUUACCUUAUCUCGAGGAAUUCGACUGGCAAAAACCAUUCUACCCUGGUUAUUAUCCCACCAUGACUUUUUCCAAUGGAUUACCAUUCCCCCAAAGGCCGAUCUGGAGCAAUUUGCCCAUCUACAAAUACAAAUACAUCAGGGAAAUUAUGAACAAGGAAUCGAGAAUAUCGGCAGCAAUCGAUUCUGGUUAUAUUCUGAGCAAUGAUGGAAAGUGGCAUAAUAUUUAUAGCGAGAAAGGUUUGAACAUUCUUGGAAAUAUAAUCGAAGGUAAUGCCGAUUCGUACAACAGUGAAUUCUAUGGUAGCAUCGAUACUCUCUCGAGGAAAAUCCUUGGUUACAAUUUAGAAGCAGCGAGCAAAUAUCAAAUUGUUCCUAGCGCCUUGGAAAUUUUCUCCACAUCUAUGAAAGAUCCCGCAUUCUAUCGAAUUUAUAAAAGAAUAACUGAUUAUUAUCAUAGCUACAAAAUGCAUCAGAAACCGUACAAUAAAGAUGAAAUUAUUUAUCCCAAUUUGAAGAUCGAAUCUUUUACCGUGGAUAAACUGAUUACGUACUUUGAACAAUUUGAUACAACGAUCAACAAUGGAUUGUUACUUGAAGAGCAAAAAAACGAUGACAAAUUGUUUUUAAUUAAAAUUAGACAGUAUCGUCUAAAUCACAAACCGUUCAACUUCCAUAUUACUAUCAACUCUGAUAAACCAAUGAAAGCAGUCAUUAGACUUUUUAUCGGACCAAAAUACGAUUCGCAUCACAAACUGAUCGAAAUUCCAGAAGAUCUAAAAUAUUUUUACGAAAUUGACAAUUGGAUUCUAGAUCUGAACUCCGGUUUGAACAAAAUUACACGUAACAGUUUAGAUUGUUUCUUCACGAUGAAUGAUUUAGAGCCGAGCGAAAUAUUUUACGAAAAGAUCGAAACGUCUCUCAACAGUGGCAAACCAUUCACUUACAAUGAAAGAAUUUUUGGAUUCCCAGGAAGAUUGUUAUUGCCCAGAGGCAAAAAGGAAGGAAUGCCAUUCCAGCUGUUCUUAUACGUUAGCCCAGUCUCUUCGGAAUAUCAAUACAAUUCGAGAAUAUGGGGUGAUUACAAAUUUGACAAAAGACCAUUUGGUUUUCCGUUAGACAAACUUCUCUAUGAUUUCAAUUAUGAUGGGCCUAAUAUGUUGUUCAAAGAUAUUCUUAUUUAUCACAAGGAUGAAUUUGAUAUGAAUAUCACUUAUUAAUUAUUUUUUCUUUUCAUUUAUAUCUUUCACAUUUAUUUUUAUAAUAUUAUAAUUUUAUAAUAAAUGUUUGCUUCUUUUCUAUCCCCCAA